GGACCACCAGGCAGCCGUUCUGCCUGCUCACUUUCUCCAUCGCCGUCCAAGCGCAAACAAUGCGGUCAGCUGGUCGGAAUGGGAAGUAAUGCAGAUCCUGAUGCAUCGGAUGACGAGACGUUUUCUUACCUAGAACAAAAGACACCAAAUUCUUGAUGAGGAGGAAGCCAUUAUCCUCAUAAAAAAGGCGCUGCUCUGGAGUCAGCAGUAGGUGGGAACAUUAUGAAACAAGACUAGAGGACAGCGCCCCCGAAACUGUGACAAAGUGAUGUCCUUAUCACGAGUUGAGCUCCGGUCCUCCUGGUUUUUCCAAUUCUCUCUGCUGAUUACCUUGAUCAGGACCCCGGAACACAACCUGGCUGCUCCUCCACACAGCAAACCAGUGAGAAGUCCAUGGACGUUGAGCUGGAGUCACUGGACUCCCAGCAGCAGUGAUCCUUCUGUGUGGUGCUCAACAUUCAGUAACAUCUGGAUCAACACUGGACUGGUUCAUUAGUGGAGAUCAACAUUAUGUGAGAUGAGUACUGUGGUUCUCUGAGGAAGCCGUCAUACUGUUUUUAUGGUCAUGUUAUUUGAUAUGAAAUGUCAUGAAUUAAAAAGCGCCUAAACUGAUUUAUUUAUUACUACAUAAAUAUUAUUUAUAUAUAUCCACUUUCUGUUUUUAUACAUAAUGACCAAUAUUGCCUGCAAAAGAGCAUUAGUAUUAUCAAAAGUUAAGUUAAUUUUAACUGAAACAUUUUAGUCCUGAAAAGGAAAAAAAUCACUAUACUAAUAUUCAAUAUUGAAGCUAUUAGUUCAUAGCAAAGCAUAGCAUCUAUGUAGGCGUAUAUCAGCAGCUGCUGCAUGUCUCAAAAUGUCAUGACAGACUGCUCUGUCCUGAUUCUUAUCCUGAUAAGAUAAAACGACUGGUGAAGAAAUCGCUUCUAUGCCAUCAGAGUUUUUGCAAAUACAUUCCACAUCAUUGCAGAAUAAAAAAAGGCUGAUAAUAAACUAAAAUUGACUGGUGGGUGAGCUGGAGCAGGACUGUGGUUUCUAAUAUAUCCAAGUCAUUUCUUGUCAUUUCCCAGUGCAGGACUGGGGGCUACAGCAGAUAAAAGACGGAGACAGUUCAGGAUGAGACAUCUCAUGUCUCAUGUGUCUGUUCUAUCAAGUCGUUACCAACUAAACUGAAAUGAUGUUUUAGUAGUGACAGUUAUCAGAUGGUAGUAAUAAUAUAGGCCACUUUUAUCUGAUCUGUCAUGGUAACAGUCCUCAUUUGUCGUCUGACGGAAACUUUUCACCAGAUUAAAGUUUAAACAGAGCCAACCUAUAAGAAACAUAAUUAUUAUCAACCAAUGCAGGGCCAUUCAUGAGCAUUAAAUACUGGCUAAUAUUUUUAUUAUAUGCAGGCUGAUGCUGCUCAGCCUGUUUUAGUUGCCAUGGAGCGAACCACAGUCCAACAUGUGAUCAGACAACAGCAUCAUCCAUCCACCUGGAUGAGGGGAGGGGUCUGGAUGGCUGCUAAAACCACCAAGGUGUCCAAGCAGCCAAGCUGAGAUGCAGGUUCACCCACACGUGUUCACCGUUCAUGUCUCCAGCUGCUUUAGAGCCACCACUGAUCUGAACAUCGUGACUGAGGGGGGAACCAGAGAGAAGCCACAGUGAUCACCAUCAACACCAUGUCUGAUAGCGGCUUUUUUAUCGGAUGCAUGUUUGACUUAAACAAAGUGCAGAGAAUCUAAUUCUCUUUACUCAGAAACCAAGACAUGAGACCUGCUGCUUUAGUUUCUGCUGUCUAUUAUUAUAAAACUAGUAUUGACAGUACUGUCUUUGACCUGCUGGUAGGAAUUUGUUCAAUGCAGUACUUGUACUAGUAUCAGAGUAUUUGUCAACCUUAGAUCUGCUUCACUAGAGUUGAGCUAAGUCUCAGCGAGAUUCGGUCAGAUGUAGUGGACUGAAGCCCCACCUGCUUCUGGUCCAGCGUAAACACUGAGGACACCAGUGUCCAACAGGCUGUGACUACAGCUGGACAUGGGUCACCUGCUGCUACUGCUGCUGCUGCUGCUGUGGAGCUCAGGUACUGCUCUGCUGCACACACUAAAAGAAGUAAAGAUACAUUCUUCAAACUUCAAACAGUUUUUAUUUCUAUUUAUUGGUAUUCUUUGCUUUUUCGCUUUUGUAAAAUUUACGAUAUGAGUAAAAUACAAGAGAAGCUGAGUCAUUGUUUUAUUCUUAUAAGACACAGGCUUUAAAAAGUGUUGGUUCUGUUCACAUGGUCCUAUCAGAUUGCUGCUCUACACUGACAUUUUCUGUGAUUCCCUCCUCAGGAGCCCAGGCUGAAGGAAAACACAUGCCAACAGAAUCUGUCAGGUUGGUGGGAGGAGACAGUCGCUGUGCAGGCAUACUAGAGCUAAAACAUAAAGGAGACUGGAAACACGUGUUGGGAUUUGAGUGGACCCUAAAGAAAGCAGCUUUCGUCUGUAGAGAGCUGGAUUGUGGUUCUGCUCUUUCUACGAGACAGAUACAUGAGUCUCCAGGGAUACCUGUGUUGAGGAUCAAAUUUGACUGUCUUCAGUCUGGAUUUACUCUUGAGAAGUGUAUCAGAGGAUUUUACUCUGCUUCCUCCUCCCUGUACCUCACCUGUUCAGACUCUGUCAGGCUGCUGAAUGGGACUGGUCUGUGUUCAGGCAGACUGGAGGUCAGGUCCAACCAGUCCAGCCAGUGGUGGUCCUCAGUGUGUAAAGCUGACUUUGACCUGCAGGAUGCAGAGGUGGUCUGUAGGGAGCUUGGCUGUGGGGCUCGUUCAGCCCUCCAGGGGGCGCUCUAUGGAGAAGUGGAGGAUCCAGUGUGGUCCAAAGAGUUCCAGUGUGGAGGCAAUGAGUCUGCUCUGCUGGACUGUAGAAUCUCAGACUCAGCCAGAACCACCUGCUCACCUGAUAAAGCUGUUGGACUCACCUGCUCAGAACCUGAUGAAUUCCGGUUGGUGGGAGGAGACAGACGCUGUGCAGGUAGACUGGAGCUAAAACAUGAAGAGGACUGGAGACCAGUGGAUCCAUCUGACUGGACCCUGAAAGAAGCAGCUGUUGUCUGUAGAAAGUUGGGCUGUGGUGCUGCUGUCUAUUUAGAAUUGAAAAGAGAGUACUUAGGGAGACUUGCUUGGUUGAUUGAAUGUGUUCAGUCUGGAUCUGCUCUGAAGGAGUGUGCAGAAUCAUCUUACACUUCUCUUCCUUCCUCAAAACUCACAUGCUCAGACUCUGUCAGGCUGCUGAAUGGGACUGGUCUGUGUUCAGGCAGACUGGAGGUCAGGUCCAACCAGUCCAACCAGUGGUGGUCCUCAGUGUGUGAAGCUGACUUUGACCUGCAGGAUGCAGAGGUGGUCUGUAGGGAGCUUGGCUGUGGGGCUCCUUCAGCCCUCCAGGGGGCGCUCUAUGGAGAAGUGGAGGAUCCAGUGUGGUCCAAAGAGUUCCAGUGUGGAGGCAAUGAGUCUGCUCUGCUGGACUGUAGAAUCUCGGACUCAGCCAGAACCACCUGUUCACCUGAUAAAGCUGUUGGACUCACCUGCUCAGAACCUCAUGAGAUUAAAUUGGUGGAAGGAGGCAGUCGCUGUGCAGGUAGACUGGAGCUGAAACAUGAAGAGGACUGGAGACCAUUGUUUGGAUCUGACUGGACCCUUAAGGAAGCAGCUCUUGUCUGUAAAGAGCUGGAUUGUGGUUCUGCUGUUUCUAUAAAAAAAGAGAGAAAGCAGUUCUCCAAACCUGUGUGGAAGAUUAGCUCUGACUGUGUUCAGUCAGGACUUCUACUAAAGGGGUGUAUACAGUCUACUUACAGUACCUCCACCUGGAAUCUCAUCUGCUCAGACCUGCUUCUUCAGCCAAUCAUCGCUGUUUCUUCCGUUGAUGGGGUCUCCAAGGCCUAUGAGCAGGGGUUGCUGCUGAUGGGCAGAGUGCUCAGAGGUUUCAGCUUCACAAUCAGCUGCUCUAUCCAGCCACAGUACCCAGGAGGCUCCUUUCAGCUCAACUUCAUAUCUUCCUUCUUCAAUGCAGAACACAACUACACCCAACCAGCUGUCAAUCACUCUGCCUAUUUCCUGUUUCCUGUUGCAGAACCCGCCCACCAAAUAAACUACACCUGUGUUUAUCAAGUGUAUGUUUUUUCCCAUACCUUCUCCUCUGAGAGCCAUCCGUUGUCUGUCAGUGUCUCUGAUCCACCAGUGUUUCCCCUCAGAGUGGUCUUCCAGCCUGUGACUCUUCUGCUGCUCAGCGCUGCUCUUUACUUCUGCUGUAAGGCCAGGGGGCAGACAUCCAACAGACAAGAGGACACUGAGCUGGUGAACUAUCCACUGGGUGUUGGUGCAGUUGAAAGGGAAGGAGACGUACAAGGAGAUCACCUCCUGUCCAGUGGGAUCAUUUCCUGAUGUUCUCUUUAAGAAACUUGACAAAGCUGACUGGGCAAAAGUUCAAAUUUAAUCAGGUUUGGAGGUCAGGAUACUGUGUAACAGCACAUACAAAUUAACAUUGUGUGCAGUGUUAAUCAGAGAUAACCUGUGAAGAUUAUACCAUUUUGUCUUUUUUGUCUUUUUUUAACAAUUCACAACAAUGCCUUUUCUUUUGCUGUUACAACAUGGCAAUUUCAAUGAUUGCAGGUGAUCUAAUCUAAUCUAAUUUAAUCUAAUCUAAUCUAAUUCCAAUCUAAUCUAAAUAAAAACUGUUUUCACAUUAACCACCGCAAGCAAACGUGCUGUUAUUUUCUACUCCUUUCUGAAACGGGUGUUUGUCAAUAGAGUUUGUGCACAGAUACCUUCCAUGUGCUUAUGUGCUUUUCUGUAAAAUAAAUGUCACCUGAUAUCUUUACAAAUUGGUUAAAGAAGUAGUACAACUGGCACAGCAGGUCUUUAUGAAUUCAUUUUAUUAAGAAAAAAUGUUUUACAAAAAAUGAGGAAUGAAGUUGAUACAGUAUCUACAGUAUGCUCUUAUGAGUUCAUAAAACCUGUAGACAGGAAUCUACAGAAAGCUUACCAGAAUAAACAAGUAGGGUUCCAACUACAAAAUUACAUCAGAUACUGUAGCAUCCAUUUAUUGUGAAAACACAACUAUAGCAUGGUUCAUUUUUACAUUGGUUCUGAUUUGCUUUUUGCCAUGUACAUCUUCAACCAGGUAAAGGUAGUCUCUUGUUCUGUGCAGUUCAGGCAAUGCAUACUGUAAUUUGGAGAGGAUUUCUUCUGUGUGGGAAACUGUUGGCAAAGUCUUGUUUCUGAAUAAAAAUAAAAACAAUU